GUUGAGGGGAUGGGAUCAGAGAGGGAGCUUCACUCAGACCGAAUGCAGCCUGGCAACAUGGUGAGAGUGAUCGCUCAGUCUCUGGCUCUCUUCCUCCUGAUCUUCCUCCUGGUCGCUAAUUUCUUGGUGGUCAAAAGCACCGAGGCUGUCACCGUCCUUUACAAGAAGAUCUGCAGACAAUGAAGGCGAUCCUCAGGAGAGAGGAUCGGGUCGCAAUUUGCAACAAACUUUACGCAGAAUUUGGCAGCAUUUUCCUGGGUUUGUGUGUGUGUGUGUGUGUGUGGAGCCAGAUAUCAAGAGCUGAUUGCCUAGAGGAUGCUGCAUUACUGUCUCACUCACCUCGCUUAUCAUUUCAGCAGGCAACUGCCCAAACGCAGUAGAGCAAAAUUUGAAAUCCUGAUGGUGCUGCUUGUGACCAUCUUCCUUUGCCCACAGAUAUUUGUGCUGUUAAGACCGAAGUCAUCCCGAUACUGUGGCCAGCCCCUGCUCAUCAAUCUGACCAGUUUUAUCAUCUUCACUUUUGUUAUAACAGGAUUUACAGUCCUUCUGACCUUGAUGGACCCAAUCCCUAAUGAGGUGAAAGUGGCUUUCCAUGUGUAUGGAGUUGGAUCGUUUGCACAGGGAAUCGCAAUGACUGCCUUCACUGUUGCUGCAUCUCAGUGUGCAAAUACAACUCCUGAACUGUACUAUCUGUCCCUUGUGUUAUCUGUACUGAGUGUGCUUGCAACAGGUUUCAUUGGUUUCUUGAUACCAUUCUGGCUGGCUGACAUUUUCUACAAAGGAAUGGUUUUAAAUCAGCGAGCACGGGCUGGAAUCUGUCACAAGCCAGUUGCUAGCUGCUCGUAUCUGUGGCAUGUAUAAUGAAGGCACUCAAAAAAAGAACACCGGCAUGAAUAAUGUAUUUGGUUGCCAUGCGACAGUAGCUUCUGGAACAUUCCACCAGCGAGAGUUUGAGCCAUUGCAGUGGAAGCAACCCAAGUCAAGUUAUGUCAAAAGACUCAAUGAGUGGAUUAGUUAACAGUAUUUGCUUUGUAGGUUUAAUGCAUUUGACUGCAAUAUAACUAUCACAUUUGGAGAAAUCACUGCUUCUAUGUCAGCUGUAUUAUAAAGUUUAGACCAUUUCAAAUCAAUUUGAAUUACAGCAGUCAGCUGCCAACUCUGCAGUAUUUGCUUCCAGGAAAGGCAACAGCUCUUUAAUUUAUUGAUAUAGUUUAAACAGUGGAGCUGCUUAACUCAUUGAGGGCUGAGGUUGCUUGAAAAUACACAAGCAGAAUUUUCAUUUUCCUUGACCUAUCCUUUAGGACAUGUUCUCUUUUUCCAAGGACAGCACAAGAGAAAACAGCAACCUUCAGAGUUUCAACUCUGUCCAAGCUCCCAGAAACCAACAGGGCCAACAUCCAGUUUAGCAAGAAAGAUCUUGAAUAUAUAUCUAAGUGCCUUUCACACUUCCCAAAGUGCUUCAACCAAUAAAGUACAAGAAAUUACUCCUAGGAUCUGUCUGAAAGUGGAACAAUGUGGGGAAAUACAGUUUAGCACCAGUCAUUACAAAUUAUCCAAACCGUUGGUGGUCAUGUCAUCAGCCUAAACUCUGGAAUACCCUCCCUCUUCACCUCUGUCUCCUCUAAGGCUUAAGAUUCAACAUAAAACCUGCAUCUUUAAUCUA